AUGAGGCCAUUCCAACAGAAAAUAUUUCUCUGUACAUCUGAGAGGAUUAAGAAGACUGGCAAGCAUAGAAUAGCGAGGCCCAUUUCCAACAGAAAAUCUCUAUCUGUACAUAUCAGAAAAUACCAGAGACUGACGAGUGUAGAAUUGAUUUGCAGGCACAAGACACCAUCAGAUAUUGCUGUUUCUGGGAUCCAGGAUCGUAAUGAGUUCAAAGGAGAGCUGUUUGGAAUCAGCGAUCUCUCUGACAAACUUUUCACUGGUGAGGAAAUCGAGUUGCAUGAAGAGCAAGAAAGGAAUACGAACACAAUCAUGGGGUGA